CUGCAUUUGUACUUGAAAGAGGUAUAUUGCAUGUGUGCUCAGAGUCAUGACUGCCCUUAAGUCCUUAACAAUGAAUAACCUCAAGCAAAUGAUGUUUCCUUAUUUCGACCAGAUUCCUAGAGAUAGGGUGGCUGGGUCCAAGGGUAAUGUGUAUAUUGUUUGUCGAGAUAUUUCCACACCUUCUCCAUGGAGAUGCUCCUACUCCUACCAGCAUCGAGAUGCUUCUCUUUCCCCCCAGCUUUGCAAUGGGGCAUAUUAUGGAACUUUAGAAAUUUGGAGUUUGUUAUAUAAAAUUUUGUCUCUUACUGCCAUUUUUCCCUUCCAGACUGAGACUAUACAGGUUGCCCUGUCACUGGAAAGCCGUUCAGAGGGAAAAGUUGAUUUUAAGGCCUACAAGGAUUACUUCACAGCUGGUGCUCACUGGAAUAUCAUCAUUUUCCUUAUUCUCGUAAACAUCGCAGCUCAGGUGUCCUACGUCCUUCAGGAUUGGUGGCUCUCAUCCUGGGCAAAUGAACUGAGUACUGUGUAUGCCAUGACAUAUGGAAAAGGAAGUGUAAUCUUGUUACCUGAUCCUGGCUGGUACUUUACACCUUAUUCAGUUCUCACUGCAGGUACCGUGCUAUUUGGCAUCUCGAGGUCUCUGUUGAUGUUCUACGUCCUUGUUAAUUCUUCACAAACUCUGCACAAGCAAAUGUUGGAGUCCGUUUUGAGAGCUCCGGUACUGUUCUUUGAUAGAAAUCCGACAGACAUUUCUUCUUGUGAUGGGUGUGGUGGGCGUGAUGGUGGUGGUGAUUCCUUGGACUGUGAUACCCCUGAUUCCACUUGGCAUCAUCUUCUUUGUUCUUCGGAGAUAUUUCUUAGAGACAUCACGAGAUGUGAAACGCCUGGAAUGCGCAAGUGGUGGGUCUGUGCCAUAACAACAACACCACUAUCUUCCCUAUGCAGUAACCGACAGUGUGUCUUAAGGCCACUGUUGGAGCCACCAGCAAAAGAAGCUCGGAGCCCGGUAUUUUCCCACUUAGCAUCUUCUCUCCAGGGACGCUGGACCAUCCGGGCGUUCAAAGCCCAACAGAGGUUUCAGGAGCUGUUUGACACUCACCAGGAUUUGCACUCAGAGGCCUGGUUCUUGUUUCUGACCACGUCCCGAUGGUUCGCCCUGUGCCUGGAUGCCAUCUGUGCCGUCUUUGUCAUUGGUGUUGCCUUUGGGUCCCUGUUUCUGGCAGAAACUUUGAAUGUCGGGCAGGUGGGCCUGGUGCUGUCUCUCGCCCUCACGUUCAUGGUGAUGGUCCCGCGGUGCAUCAGGCAAAGUGCCGCAGCCGAGACUAUGGUAAAGUGUUUAUCUUAACCUUCUUAGCCUGUUCUAGUCUCCUUGCCAUCAAAUGGUAUAACAUCAAUUCUUAUGUGAAAUAUUAAAACUGAUGUUUCCACAUUGUAGGUAACAGAAUUUUCUAGGUUCUUCUCCCAUCUGUUUAAAGUUAAUAUGGAAUAAAAUAUAAUCUUUUUCUCACUCUGUGGGUGCCAGGUCAGCAGGUUUUCUGUUCAUCACAUGCUGUC